UUCAUUUUUCUUUGUUCUCCAAUGGAGUCGAUUCAACUAACUCGCUUACUAUCGUCUUCUAAAUCAUCUACCUUCGCAUCGCCGACAGGUUUAACUUUCAGGCCGAGUUACCGACUCAGUUUUGAUCAAUUUUUGAAAAGGAGUCUUCCAAAUGGGAAGUUGAAGGUCGUGAGAUCUGAAAAAUCUGGAAAUGGUUCCGUUGAAGAACAAAAGCAUGCCGUUCGGCUGGACUUGGACCGGGAUGUUUCCGGCUCUGUUAUCGGCUUAAACUUGAUUCCUACGUCAGGUGACCAUGAAGUCAUUAACACUAAAGUGUAUGUGGCAACCGUUACCAAAGACAAAGACGAUGAAAUUAAAAAAGAAAAAGUAGAAACUAGAGUCACCUACAAUAUUGUUUUUGUUACUGCUGAAGCUGCACCCUAUUCAAAGACAGGUGGAUUAGGAGAUGUUUGUGGUUCUUUGCCCAUACAGCUGGCUAACCAUGGACAUCGAGUCAUGGUUGUUUCCCCUAGAUACCUGAAUGGUAGCUCUGCAGACGAAAACUUUGCACAUGUUUUGGAUGCAAAUAAGCGGAUCAAACUACAAUGCUUUGGAGGGGAACAAGAGAUUGCAUUCUUCCACGAGUAUAGGGAGGGUGUUGAUUGGGUAUUUGUGGACCAUCCUUCUUACCAUAGACACGGAAAUCCAUAUGGUGAUAGUCAUGGUUCUUUUGGUGAUAACCAGUUUCGGUUUACUUUACUUUGCCAUGCAGCAUGUGAAGCUCCAUUAGUGCUUCUAUUGGGAGGGUAUACCUACGGAGAGAAGUGUCUCUUCCUUGUCAAUGAUUGGCAUGCUGGGCUUGUGCCGGUGCUUUUGGCUUCCAAAUACCGUCCGCACGGUGUUUAUAAAGAUGCUCGUAGCAUCCUUGUAAUUCAUAACCUUGCUCAUCAGGGAGUGGAACCUGUUGCAAGCUUUAAGAAUUUGGGAUUGCCUUCAAACUGGUAUGGGGCAUUGGAAUGGGUGUUUCCUACAUGGGCCAGGACGCAUGCUCUUGACACAGGGGAAGCUGUCAAUAUUCUAAAGGGUGCAAUUGUGACAGCUGAUCGAAUACUUACCGUUAGCAAGGGCUAUGCAUGGGAAAUAACAACUGUUGAAGGUGGAUAUGGUUUACAUGAGAUAUUAAGCAGUCGGAGGGCUGUUCUGAAUGGUAUUACAAAUGGCAUUCAUGUUUCCGAAUGGGACCCAUCUUCAGAUAAGCAUAUUCCAUUCUGUUAUUCGACUUCUUCUCUCUCUGGAAAGGUUCAAUGCAAGACUGCUCUCCAACAGGAACUUGGUCUUCCAAUUAAGCCUGACUGUCCCUUGAUUGGGUUUAUUGGGAGACUCGACUAUCAGAAAGGUAUUGACCUGAUCCACUGGGCUAUUCCAGAACUUAUGGAAGCUGAUGUGCAAUUUGUAAUGCUAGGCUCUGGUGACCCACUUUAUGAGAACUGGAUGAGAUCGGCAGAGAAUACUUACAGAGAUAAAUUCCGUGGUUGGGUUGGAUUUAAUGUUCCAAUCUCUCAUAGGAUCACUGCAGGCUGUGACAUACUGUUGAUGCCCUCUAGAUUCGAGCCCUGUGGAUUAAACCAAUUGUAUGCAAUGAGAUAUGGAACCAUCCCAGUAGUUCAUGCCACAGGAGGACUUAGAGACACAGUAGAGAAUUUCAAUCCGUACGCCGAGGAAGGUAGCAGUGAAGGCAUUGGGUGGGCCUUUUCUCCCUUCACAAAAGACAGUAUGCUGAAUGCGUUACGAACGGCUAUAAGGACUUACAAAGAUCAUAAGUCAACUUGGGAGGGAUUGAUGAGAAGAUGUAUGCAGAAGGAUUUUACCUGGGAAAAUGCUGCCCUUCAAUACGAGCAGGUUUUCGAGUGGGCCUUUAUCGAUCCACCUUACAUUAAGUAACCCGAAAAUGAGACG